AGGGUCGCGCUACGGUGUACCAGAACCUCCAGCGACGCCCCUGUACCGUGCGUGUGCGUGCGUGCGUCUGUCUGUCUGUUCGCCUGUCACAUCUCAGUCACACCUUCCCGUUCCCAAAGUGGUCGAUAGAUCUGCUUUUUUUUUGCCAAGUGGGUGAGCGCCAUGCUGGAGCUGGAGGGGGAGGCGGAGUGGUCCCAGGAGGGGCCCACGCUGAGCAAUGACAUCUGGAAGAAGUUCCAGCUGAUCCCCACGCCGCCACGCUCGCCCUCCCACGAGGCCGACCUGCGCCACUCAGACCACACCGACCUGCCCUCGCUGGGGCUCAUGGAGGACCUGGUGCCCCUGCCGCCCCUGGAGCUGCCCUCACUGAUCGAGGACCAUGACUUCGGCCUGGCGCUGGAGAACAUCGACCUCUUCCCUGAACACCUGCCGGACUGCGGCGGACCCGCCGGCCACGGGGCUCCCGGGGGCGUGCCCUGCGCGCACGGCACUUGCACCAGCUGCACGCAACUCGCCCUUGCCGGCUCCGAGCUGCGGCACGACUGUAUGUGGCGUGGCACGUGCACGGCCGAGGCUCACACCUACCACCCGCGCGACCUGCACCACCACCACCACCACAGCCAUCGGGACUCCGCCGCCCACCUGCCGGAGCUACUGAUGGACACCGCGUCGGCGCUGGAGUGCGCGGCGGGCUUCACGCGCCUCCACGACCUCCACGACGACGACGAGGACGAUGACGACACGCUGGACGACAUGGAGGUGGAGGACGACCUGGCAGCGCGCCCAGACACGCCCUCAGAGUCCUCCGAGACUGACACUGACGAGGAGGACCAGGAGGACGAGGAGCCCGACGACCAUGACGCCGCCGCCGCGCCCCCAGCAGUACACGUGGACCAUAGCUACCACUGCCCCCGCGCCCCCUCGCCACGCCACGCCUACGCCCCCGCCAUGCCACACACGCCCUCAGAAUCCGAGGAUGAAAUCGACGUGGUGAGCGUGGGCAGCCCUGACAGCGCCUACUCCAGCUCCUCCUCCCGCAGCACGGCCCCCUCUACACGCGUGGGGGGCGAGAAAAGGAAGCGGGGGGCAGCAGGGAGCAGAAACAGUGGCGGCGACCCUACCUCCAUUCACCCCUCCUCCCCCACCCCCGCCAUCCCCGCCACCACCACCCCCGCCCUUCCCACCGCCGCCACCACCACCUUUGUCACCACCACUGGGAUGAAGAAGGUAGUGAAGAUCCGUACUAGCAAUCUCCCUUCAUCUUCCAGUAAGUCAAGGCACCGACGGAGUAGUGGUGGUGGUGGUGGUGGUGUAUCCUCCACUAGUAGUAAGCGGCGCACCACCAGCUCCACCUCCUCCACAGACUCUUGUAGUAGUAGUAGUAGUAGUUCACCAUCUCACCACACUUCAAGCACCACAGUUACUAGCAUAAGAAGAACCACCACCACCACCACCACAUCAUCACCACACAACACCACAUACAGUAAAAGCGUCAAGAGGAUACGCAACCACCACCACAGCCACACACACCACUCCAGAAAACGGCGAGGGAACAAGGGAGAAGGAGAUGACCCUGAAAGACGCCACUUACAUAACUCCCUUGAGCGGAUGAGGAGGGUCGACCUGAGGAACGCAUUUGAGGAGCUCCGUGUCCUUGUCCCCGGGCUGUGUGACAAGGAUAAGGCGCCCAAGGUGGAGAUCCUUCGUAAGGCCUCGGAACACUGCUACAGCGUGACACAGCGCGGCAGACUGUUAGAGCAGGAGAAGGAGAGACAGAAGAGAUUGCAAGGAGAGCUCAAGAAACGUUUGGCUUCCCUGCAGAGGAGAAACUAAAGAAAACUAGGGAAAAAAGUAAAGGUUCUUGUCUAGGGAGAAAAAUAUAGGGUGUUUAUGACCCGUUUAAAUGCCCUGCCUCCCUGACUCUCGUGUGCGUGUGAGGGUCAGGGGUGUGUGUGUGUGUGUGUGUGUGUUCGUGUGUUCGUAGGUCACGUUGGUGCCUGUCGGAGGGUCUCUACGUGUGUUUGUGUGCGUGUGUAAGUGCGUGCUCGUGCCCUCCCAUGUUCACCUGUUCGUGUGUACGUGUUUGUGUGUACGUGACGUGCUCGGGGCGCCUUGCUUCCGGAGCUGUGUACGUUACCUUGGCAAUACUGUAUGUCUGUGUGUGUGUCAGUGUCAUUAUUUCAUUAGGUCAUUAUUAUUAUUUCAUCAACUAAUCCAUCAUUAUUAUUAUUACUACUACUGUAACUAUUAUAACUACUAUUACCACUAGUACUUGAUUACCAUUAUUAUUAUUAUUAUUAUUAUUACUAUUAUUAUUACCACUGCUGUUUUGUUUUCCUUUUUGAGUUGUCACUAGUGUGGUUGGACUGUGUAUGGUUAGGAGGGUUGCCAGCGACCAUGCAGAUCAAGAUUGUACUAAAUGUGAUAGUAUAGUAUAGGCAGAGAG